AUGUUCGAUGGCGCCUCGGCCUUUAACCAAGACAUCGGCGCGUGGGACACCUCUGGCGUCACAACGAUGGAGUACAUGUUCGAAGGCGCCUCGGCCUUUAACCAAGACAUCGGCGCGUGGGACACCUCGGGCGUCACAACGAUGGCCAAUAUGUUCCAGGAAGCAACCUCCUUCAAUCAGGACAUCGGCGAUUGGUUGGUCCACAGUGUCACGUAUAUGGACAAUAUGUUCGAGGAAGCAACCUCCUUCAAUCAGGAUAUUAGCAGCUGGAACGUUGGAGCGGUUACGGACAUGCACGACAUG